GUCUUAAGACGGGGCGCGUUCCAAGAUUGGGUAGAACAGUGUAGCGAGUUUUGAGAGUGAAACUGCUGCAGGGCAGUCAGAAGAACAUCCAUCUGCCAACAUAUUUAUAUCAAUUUUAACAACCUUUAGGUUGCAUAUGUGUAGCUAGCUUACUUUAAUGGAUUCGUAUGAGGCUGAUCGCCAGGCAUUGCUGAAAAAACUUUUAGACUCAGUAAAACAGUGUCAAUCUACGUUUGGUGGAAAAACAAACUUAGCGACAGAUAAAGACAGUAGCGUAUCGUGCCUUUUAAGCCAAUUUGAGCAUGCUUUGCAACAUGGUUUGAAGAAGAAUAGAAUUUUGGAAAAGAUAACAUCUAUAUCGGAACCUUUCAGGCAAGUGACUCAAAAGAUGCUUCCAGAGAUAGAAGUCACAUUUUGGUCAGCAGUAAAAGAGAAUCUUGGUCCCCUAGACAUCCAACAUUAUAGUUCAAUUGAAGAAAUAACAUCUGAAGCUGGAAAAGCUCGAGUGUGGUUACGAACUGCUCUGAAUGAAAAUUCUUUGGAAAGAAAUUUAAAUGCUUUGUUAGCAAGUCCAAACAUUCUUAGACAAUUCUAUGAGCCGUGGGCACUAAUAUUGGAUGAAGAAAGGGCAAGUACGAUACCCAUCAUGGCGCAAGGACUUGGCUCCAUUCUUUUUGCAGUUUCGACAAGAAAUUCAGAUUUAAAUCAACCUUUCAAGGAUGUGUCUUUACAUAACACAACAGCAAGAAAUUUUAAAACGCAUAGAAGAGUCAAUUCGAGUCCACUUCCUGUUAUGGCUGGCUUUGAUACUGAACCUUCAAUAUUAAAAAAGAUAAACGUUAAAAAGAAGAAGAAAAGGAAAGUGGCGACAAUAAACGAUUUAGAAGAAGUACCUGGCGAAAUUUACUCAUCUUCAUACGGCGAUACCAAAAACAUGUUGCCACACGAUGUAAAACAAUUAUCUUCCUCCUAUGGAGGCUAUAAUAACAUUUCUGAUGAAUUGUCUAGUAAUAUAAAUCCUUAUACGAAUGAGAAGGAAGCCACCGUGGACAUUGAGACGAGAUCUGCUCCUGUUUCUCCUCUCAUGUCAAAUGAUUUUGUGAAUUUUAAACAAACUCAAGAUAAUUCUAUUUCUAACCAAUUACACAUGUCUAGCUUAAGUGAUACUCCUCAGAAUAUGAACACGUCCAAUGAACAUGCUAAUAUAACGAUAUCUAAUUUCGCACCAGAUGAAGAAACUUUACUAUUGUGUGGAAAUAAAACUCUUGAAAUUCAUGAAAACUUAAAAGCUGAUGAGCGAAAUAUCAUUACCACUGAUACCAUUAUAUCUGUGUCUAUGACUAGUAAUGAGUUGUCAACUACAAGUGAUACUUCUACCACUACUGCUGCUACUACUACAGACAGUAGUGAUGUUACUCAGAGCAAUAUUGCUACGGAAAGAGCGUCUCUACCUAACUUAUUUUCGAAAGUGGCAUGUAAAAAUGAUGGUUUUUUAAGUGAAAAUCAAACUGUAUCGUACUCCAGCCCAUCUGAUUCGUGCACAGAAGUGGAAUCGUUAGGGAGUGAGAAUUCAAAAUAUGUCCAGUUAUUUAUGUCGUACGACCAAGAAUCAUCACAAGCGGCCAGUGACACGCUUGCCUUAUUGACCGCCAGCACAGAAAAUAAUGUAUUUGACAUAGAGACUGCAGAAGAACCAGACGGUGUAAGCCCUGACAUGGAAAAAUACAUUCCAAAAGUGUCUCCACCACCAUCGACGAUGGCAGGUACUGGUAAUUUGUCUGCAGGGGAUUUGAAACAAGCAGUUCUUGCUACUGCAAAGAAGAAAGAUGAAGUAGAAGAACAGAAUCGUGUGUUGCAAGCAGCGCUAGAUGAACAAAGAGAGCUCGUGCGCUCCACGCAGUCUGACUAUGAAACACUGCAAGUCGAAUCCCAUGCGAAAGACGAAUCGAAUAAAAAGAAAAUCGUCGAUUUAACUCGAGAAGUUGAUGUUUUAAAAAACCAAUUGAAAAAAUAUGUAGCCGCUGUACAAAUGUUGCGAAAGGAUAAAAUCCUUUCUAAGGAAGCUAAAGAAGCUAUUGUAAACCUUCGCGUACCAGCAGAAGAUGUCCCUAUUCCUCUCAAACCAAAAGAUAGAACAACAAGCGAAAAUGACAGCAUCUUCGAAGAUAAACUUGCCCAGAUGGCAGAAAUGCAUGGUGAAUUGAUGGAAUUUCAAGAAACACUUCAACGACAACUUGUUGCGCGAGAUAGUCAGAUAUCUCGCAUGAAACAAGAACUCGUCUCCUUGAGAGGUCCCCUUCCACAAGAUUUGGAAGGUACUGAAACUGUUCAAGACUCCAGUCAAAGUUUAUGCGCGAGAAACAGGCCACUAAUUAACAUUUGGAUACCUUCUGUGUUUCUGAAGGGAAAAGGAACCGACGCACACCAUUUAUACCAGAUCUACAUUCGAAUAGACGACGAAGAAUGGAACAUCUAUCGAAGAUACUCACAAUUCAACAAAUUGAACCUCCUGAUGUGUAAGUCCUAUCCAGAGUUAGAAAACUUCGAUUUUCCCAAAAAGAAAAUGUUUGGAAAAAAGGAUAUAAAAUUCGUGGAAGAACGCCGGCAUAAAUUACAAGAAUACUUACGAACUUUGAUUAACAUCUGUAUAUCUAAUCAUACAGAACUCACAUCCAACUCGAGUAAACUGCAGCUUGUCAAAGUUAUCCCGUUUUUCGGGGAGAAGUUCGGAGGUUCGGAUGAAAGAAAGAAUAACAAAAAAGAAAACGCCCCGAAGUCUCCUCACUAUACUGGAUUGUGAGUUUUGUGGUAUCCUUUCCUGAGAUUUGAUGUAGUGAUCCUAAGUUAUAUAUUGGUGUUAUAUGAAGUAAAAUUGGACAACAAAAAACACGCACGCAAGUACAUGAUGACAAACACGCUUGUGGCAAUACACAUUCACCAACACGUGCGUUUGUGUAACACAAACCAACACAUACGCUUGUGGGGGCACACACCAACCAACGCAUACGCUUGUGGCGGCAUACACCAACCAACACAUACGCUUGUGGCGGCACACACCAACCAACACGUGUGUUUGUGGCGACACACACCAACCAACACGUGUGUUUGUGGCGACACACACCAACCAACACCUACGCUUGUGGCGACACACCAACCAACACGUACGCUUGUGGCGACACACACGAACUAACACGUGCGUUUGUGACGAUACACCAAUCAACAUGUACAUUUGUAGCGACACACAUUUACUUACUGCUAUACAACGGUUCCAAAGGAACGAUUAUUUUUAGUGGUGUGAUGAAUGAGACCAAUAAAUAAUGUUCGUGUAACUCAAGAUAUUAUUUACUGAGUCAGUUUGUUAUUACAAUUUUGGACGAAAUUAUUGAAACAAAUGCACGUUUUUCGUCAAUUAUAAAAUUUGAACAAAAGGGUCAAAUGGUCGAUAGUGUAAAGUGGUUACUUUUGCGAUCACGUAAGUCUAGUGGACAAACUUAUUAGGAGCAUACUCUAGCAUACCCGCACAACAAAAAAAUUCGGGAAAAAUGGUGUUGAAAUUUAAAAUGCUUCGAAAUUAGCUUUCCUGUUUCAAUCUAUUUUGUCGAUGAUUGUAUGUGAGAUUGAAUAUUGUUUUUCAUGAAGUUGGCUUAUCAGUGACUUAAAAAGUGUACGCUAAUCACAAAGGUAAUUGUUGAGGAGAAUUUCUCUAUACACAGAAAAUAUUAUUUUGUAUUGUAACAUUUGGUUGGCAGUUCAAUAGAAUAUUCACGCUUUGUCUCAGCCAUGGGAGAAGGUAAACAUAAGGAAAAUUUAAAACAAAAAUCAAAAUAACUUCGUGAAAUUCCUCCAUGCUUGCUGUUGUCUUCGGUUGUGUGGUACCCGAUUCUUUUUAUCAGGCUCUUGCGGAUUUGUUUUCUAAAUCAUUUAAAGAAUUUCAGUAAAAAAUUAAAUUGGUAUUAACUCGUGAAAAAAAACACCAUUUUUGUCUUUAUUAUUUAAACUAUCUGUAACGUUGUUGGUUUUUUAUGAUAUGAUUUCACGUGAUCAUUAUCUUCUGGUACUCUGUUUUAGAGCGUGUUCUUUUAAUUUUAAUUUUUAUAAAUUAUGACGAAUAUACAAUGCUUAGGUAAUAUUUUUUUGAAACUCGACUUAUUAGUGUAUAUAUUUUUUACAUUAGUGAGAAACGCUUUAUCCGCAGUUGUUCAAAACGCGCUUUAUAUUACUUAGAGAUUUUUUUAGUAUUUCUUUUAAAAAUAGCGCAAGUCAUCAUAUUUUUUAUGUAUAAAAAUUCUACCAAAUGUGUAAAUAUGAAUGGUAUUUUGAAAAUACAUAUACCUGGAAUAA